GAGUUUGUUUAUAACGUGUCGAACGCGACAAUGUGGAGUCAUCUCACGUCGCUUCUCUUUCUCAAACCCUGCGGCAGAUCGUUUCACCCCGUCACUGUAUCAGGAGCCCGUCUACGUUAGAUUUGGACUGGAAUAACUCAUCUUCAGAAAUCACUUUCAAGAAAAGAAAGAGUCUGAGCACCAUUAGAAACUGCUGAGACGAUCCACUGGGUGCUGUACCAGAGACGACCACCGGUACUUUAAAUAAAAUGAUAACGAUGAGGGCCCUGGGGCCACGGAGGGCCUGUGUUCUGCUGGGUGUGUUCCUCCAACUGCUGUUGUUGCUACCAGACACCACCUCUACGGACUCCAUCGCUGCAACCUGGAACCAGAGCGGACCCCGACUAAAGCUCUCACACACAGACUUGCGUUUGAUGAACAGUUCCAGUGUGUUCUGGGACAGAGGAGUGAGUGGAGGUUACCAGUCCCUGCUGCUGGAUGAGGACCGUGGCUGGCUCCUGGUAGGGGGUAGAGACCACAUCUACCUUCUCCACUCGGACAGCCUGGCUCUUCCUACACGCACGAUUUACUGGCCAGCUGUGGAGGAACACGUCGAACACUGCAGAUUGGCAGGGAAGAACCUGUCGACUGACUGCGCCAACUACGUGCGUCUCCUCCAGCCCUUCAAUAAGACCCAUGUGUACGUCUGUGGCACCGGGGCCUACCACCCACAAUGCACCUACAUAGACCUGGGACACAGCACUGAGGAGCCGUUGUUCCGUCUGCAGAGCCAUGCUGUGGAGUCUGGCCGGGGGAAAUGUCCCUUUAGUCCACGGGAACCCUUCACCGCCAGGCUCACCGAUGGAGAUUUGUAUGCUGGGACGUCGGUGGAUUUUAUGGGUACCAACGCAGCUAUAUUCCGUACCUCUGUGCACAGCAGCAACCAGCACUAUAUACGCACUGAGGCCUACCAGGACCACUGGCUCAAUGAGCCAGAGUUUGUGGGUUCCUUCUCCAUUCCAGACACACAAAGUGUGGACGAUGACAAGGUUUACUUCUUCUUAAAGGAGACAGCUGUAGAGUCCAGCCAGUGGGACAAGAGGGUUUACAGUAGAGUGGCACGCAUCUGCAAGAAUGACGUCGGAGGGAAGAGGAGUCUGAUUAAUCGUUGGAGUACCUUCCUCAAGGCCCGUCUGGUGUGUUCUGUACCAGGACCUGGGGGACUGGACACACAGUUUGAUGAGCUCGAGGAUAUCUUCAUUCUGGAGACCAAAGACGACCAGAACCCUGUCAUCUACGGAGUUUUCUCAACCUCCAGUUCUGUCUUCAGAGGGUCAGCAGUGUGUGUCUACUCUAUGGCCUCUAUCAGGGCAGCCUUCAACGGUCCGUUCGCCCACAAGGAAGGGCCUGACUACCGCUGGGUGGAGUACAAGGGGAGGAUCCCAUAUCCACGACCUGGCACUUGUCCCAGCGAAACGUAUGACCCCCUCCACAAGUCUACUCGUGACUUCCCUGAUGACGUAGUGAGCUUCAUGAGGGGUCACCAGCUGAUGUGGGAACCCAUCCUUCCAAUCACCCGCCGGCCUGUCUUCACCCACGUCAAUGUGCCCUACACCCUACGAAGAGUAGUAGUAGACAGGGUUGAUGCUGAGGAUGGGCAGUAUGACGUCCUACACCUGGGCACAGAUGAUGGCAAGGUGCUGAAAGUGGUGUCUGUCCCCAAAGACAACUGGGAGACUGAGGAGAUCAUUCUGGAGGAGCUGAUUGUCUUUCAGACUCAGGCCCCCAUCCUUAACAUGGAGCUGUCUACCAAAAGACAACAGGUGUACGUGAGCAGUGAUGAGGGAGUGGUCCAGUUGCCACUGCAGCGGUGUGAGCUGUAUGGUAGAGACUGUGCUGACUGCUGUCUGGCCAGAGACCCUUACUGUGCCUGGGAUGGGAACACAUGCAACCGAUACUUCACAGGCAACAAGAGGCGAGCUCGGCGCCAGGACGUGAAACACGGGGAUCCGAUGAGCCAGUGUUACGACGCAGAAGACGGUUCUGAGUCGGUGGAGGUGAAGACGGUGUACGGAAUGGAGAGUAACUCAACCUUCCUAGAGUGUGUACCCAGGUCCCAGCUAGCUACAGUCAAGUGGACAGUACAGCCACCACAGGUUCACACCAGCAGAGAGAUGCUCCAGAGCGAGGAUCGUAUGGUCCACAUGAAGCGAGGUCUCCUGGUGCAGCGGCUGGAGCCAGGGGACGCUGGCCUCUACAGCUGUACCACCCUGGAGCACUCCUUCUCCCAGGUCCUGGCCCGCUACAACCUCCAGGUCAUACCCCAGCAGAGCAUGACAGCAUCUCAGGCCAAGGCAGCUGAUCCUGGGGCUGGGGGAGCAGGACUGAGGUGGAGUCAUGGAGGUCCUGGGAGCCACGCCCAGAGCCACGCCCAGCUCUUCAGGAAUUAUAAGGACCUGCACAUGAUGGGCGCAGCUAGUAUGAGCAUGGACGAGUACUGUGAGCAGAUGUGGCACCGGGAGAAGAAGAGGCAGCAGAAGCUGCGUCAGCUCAAGUGGAAACAGACCCAGGUGGACAACCGCAAGGCCAGAGUGAGACGGCACGACUCCACUGAGGACAUCACCAUACAAUGACCUACGGACGGGGAUGGACAGAGACUUUUGGUUUGCGUCUGAAAUGUCACCCUAGUUCCUAUAGAGUGCACUGCUUUAGACCAGGGUCCAUAAGCCUAAGGUAGUGCACUUUAAAGGGGAUAGAGGGCUAUUGUAGAUGUAGCUCUGGAGAUGAAGGGAAUGUAUGCAGCAAGACCUCAGUGGUGGUGCUGCACAUGAGCAGACCCUUGGCUUUGAACAGAUAUGCUUAAUAUUAUUAUCAGUCAGUUAACCUUUUUGUCCAUAGAAGUAUAAUUUUGAUAGAGAUGUUCUGGAUGUAUAUUCCUCCUGUAUUCUGUAUUCUGUGUAGACAGGAUCGUGAUCAUUCUUUUUGUACCCGGACCGAACCGUUAAAGUAUAUUAUUGCUCUCUGGACUGGUAGGUUUGUUUACUGAAUAAAAAGCAGGCCGGACCGUUCUCCGUCUCACAUGUUGAGAGGACAAACACUGUCCCAGAACUACAACCAUAGGUCUCCAAGAACUACAACCACAGGUCUCCAAGAACUACAACCACAGGUCUCCAAGAACUACAACCACAGGUCUCCAAGAACUACAACCAUAGGUCUCCAAGAACUACAACCACAUGUAUCCAAGAACUACAACCACAUGUCUCCAAGAACUACAACCACAGGUCUCCAAGAACUACAACCACAGGUCUCCAAGAACUACAACCACAGGUCUCCAAGAACUACAACCACAGGUCUCCAAGAACUACAACCACAGGUCUCCAAGAACUACAACCACAGGUCUCCAAUAACUACAACCACAGUUGUCCCAGAACUACAACCACAGUUGUCCCAGAACUACAACCACAGGUCUCCAAGAACUACAACCACAGUUGUCCCAGAACUACAACCACAGGUCUCCAAGAACUACAACCACAGUUGUCCCAGAACUGCAACCACAGUUGUCCCAGAACUACAACCACAGGUCUCCAAGAACUACAACCACAGGUCUCCAAGAACUACAACCACAGUUGUCCCAGAACUACAACCACAGGUCUCCAAGAACUACAACCACAGUUGUCCCAGAACUACAACCACAGUAGUCCAAGAACUACAACCACAGGUCUCCAAGAACUACCACCACAGUUGUCCCAGAACUACAACCACAGUAGUCCCAGAACUACAACCACAGGUCUCCAAGAACUACCACCACAGUUGUCCCAGAACUACAACCACAGGUCUCCAAGAACUACCACCACAGUUGUCCCAGAACUACCACCACAGUGGUGGUUGUACAGUCAGUGUGUUAGACAGAGCUGUGGACAGUGUGAUGUGGUUGGUCCCUUCCAUCUUCCUCAGUGUCCCAUUCUGUGUCUUCAGACCCCCUCAGCAAUACAUGUUAACAUAUUUGCAUUUACCAUAUUGUCAUGACAGCAUUGAAGUAUGCUUUAUGUAGAGUAUGUAAUGCAAUGUACAGCAUAUACAUUGAACAUGUAUAUUGUAGGGUCCCUCACCUGCGUUAUGUACUGUAUCUACCAUGACUUUGUGUUUGGUUUUCACUUGUUAAUCCAAACUCAGAAAUAGAACCGUACAGGUAAUUCAUUCAUACUGUACACUCUUAUCUAAAACCUAAAAUGGUUAUUUGGCUAUCCCCAUAGGAGAACCCUUUGUAGAACAUGGAACCAUGGAACCCAAAAGGGUUCUACCCUGGAACCCAAAAGGGUUCUAUCUAGUUCCAAAAAGGAUUCUACAAAGGUUUUUCCUAUAUGGAUAGCUAAAGAACCAUUUUAGGUUCUGUAUAGCAAUUUUUUUGUACUCUAGAUUGUACUCUAAUACACUUUGGACAUAAAAUCUGUGGAAUAACUCACAUAACUUUGCUAUGGUUUUAGAUGAAGUGAAGAUACCUGCAUAUCUUAGAGGAAUGAGAAAAACAGCUUUAUGAGCAAAAAAUAUAUUCACAUUUGUUGUUGAAAAUCAUGAUGAAUAAGUAGGGCGGUAGACUUCACUCCUGGUAAUCAUCACAGAUCUCGUCUUUUAACAGUAAUGGGACCCGCUGGGUAUCAAACCCCUAGUGCAGUAGAUUCACUAAACAUAGAAACAAUAUGUAUUUUCAACAUCUUGUGCUCGGUGAAUGGACAUGUUCACCUUUGUAUGGACUGUGUCACUUGUUGUUUAUCAUACCGUUAGCACCAUCUAGUGUUGGUUGUUGUACACUGCACAAGUAAGUUAUUGUAGACCACGUGUUUUAUUUUACAGUGCUGUCAUUAUUUAAGCAAGAAUGCAAUCUAUUUAUUCUAUGUAUGUGUACUGUACACAGACUUCCUAUAAGAGUCAAAGCAGUAUAUAUUAUAAAUCCAUACUGGGAACUAUUUUCAGUGAAGCACACUUUUUUAAUAUUUGUUAUUUUCCAACAUCACGGUAGAUAAUGGUGUGGUGAUGCAUUAGGAUAGAAUGCAUUGUAAUUGCACGUGUCAUAAUGCUUGGCUUUAUGAGGUAAGCCUGAUAUCUUUAUAAGGAAAGGUUGGUUCCUGAAUUUGGACACAUUUGCCGUUGUCUUCAUGAGAUACUGUUAGUCUACACAUUGUUGAGCUAAAUAACUGCAAGUAUGUCUAUAAGGUAUAAAAGCCACCCAUUCACAGGAGAACCAACUGAUUAGGGGAACAUGAAUAUGUGCUGCAUUAUUCGGAAGAAAUAUCUGAACGUAACCAAUGAUGUGUCUAAACCCUGGAAGGCGGGCAGCCACAGGGGGCUCUGUAAUGAAGCCACCGCACAGCCAUCUUGGCUCUCCUCCUCCAUUGUAAUGAAGCCACCGCACAGCCAUCUUGGCUCUCCUCCUCCAUUGUAAUGAAGCCACCGCACAGCCAUCUUGGCUCUCCUCCUCCAUUGUAAUGAAGCCAAUGCACAGCCAUCUUGGCUCUCCUCCUCCAUUGUAAUGAAGCCACCGCACAGCCAUCUUGGCUCUCCUCCUCCAUUGUAAUGAAGCCAUCGUACAGCCAUCUUGGCUCUCCUCCUCCAUUGUAAUGAAGCCACAGUACAGCCAUCUUGUUACUCCUCCUCCAUUGUAAUGAAACCAAUGCACAGCCAUCUUGGCUCUCCUCCUCCAUUGUAAUGAAGCCACCACACAUCCAUCUUGUUACUCCUCCUCCAUUGUAAUGAAACCAAUGCACAGCCAUCUUGGCUCUCCUCCAUUGUAAUGAAGCCACCGUACAGACAUCUUGUUACUCCUCCUCCAUUGUAAUGAAGCCAAUGCACAGCCAUCUUGGCUCUCCUCCAUUGUAAUGAAGCCACCGUACAGACAUCUUGUUACUCCUCCUCCAUUGUAAUGAAGCCAAUGCACAGCCAUCUUGGCUCUCCUCCUCCAUUGUAAUGAAGCCACAGUACAGACAUCUUGUUACUCCUCCUCCAUUGUAAUGAAGCCACCGUACAGACAUCUUGUUACUCCUCCUCCAUUGUAAUGAAGCCACCGUACAGACAUCUUGUUACUCCUCCUCCAUUGUAAUGAAGCCAAUGCACAGCCAUCUUGGCUCUCCUCCUCCAUUGUAAUGAAGCCAAUGCACAGCCAUCUUGGCUCUCCUCCUCCAUUGUAAUGAAGCCACCACACAUCCAUCUUGGUACUCCUCCUCCAUUGUAA